GUUGACGUCACCACGUUCAGUGCGUGCAGCGGAAGCGGGAGGCGGAGUCAGUGUCCGCUGUCAGUAAUGUAGAUUUUAGAGAGUAAAUCCUCAAAUUUAUAACAUUAAGUGUGCAGAUUAAAGUCUGUCCGUCCGCUGAGAGACACUCACACACUCACUGCGACCCGGAGACAACACUGCCGCCGCGGGAAAAUGUCUGCGGGCUCCGGGAACAGAAACACGAACACGGAACCGUGGGGGAGCUUCGAUGAGCACCUCAUCCAGGGCAGUGGCUCGGCGGUUGUCGACAUGGAGAACAUGGACGACACGUCGGGCUCGAGCUUUGAGGACAUGGGCGAGAUGCACCAGAGGAUGAAGGAGGAGGAGGAGGUGGCGGCGGAGGCGGCUGCUACUGAGGAUGACAGCACCGAGGACGGAGAGUUCCUGGGAAUGAAGGGGUUAAAGGGUCAGUUGGGCCGACAGGUGGCUGACGAGGUGUGGCAGGCGGGGAAGCGUCAGGCCUCUAAAGCCUUCAACCUGUACGCCAACAUCGACAUCCUGAGGCCGUACUUUGACGUGGAGCCGGUGCAGGUCCGCAGCAGGCUCAUUGAGUCGAUGAUACCUGUCCGCAUGAUCAACUUCCCCCAGAAGAUCGCAGGUGAGCUGUACGGUCCUCUGAUGCUGGUCUUCACUCUGGUGGCCAUCCUGCUGCACGGCAUGAAGACGUCAGGAACCGUCAUUAGGGAGGGGACUCUGAUGGGAACAGCCAUAGGAACCUGUUUCGGUUACUGGCUCGGUGUUUCCUCCUUCAUCUACUUCCUGGCGUACCUGGUCAACGCUCAGAUCACCAUGCUGCAGACGCUGUCCCUGCUGGUCAGACACAGUACUGCAUCUACACACUGUACCUACACACUGUACACACUGUACCUACACACUGUACCUACACACUGCAUCUACACACUGUACCUACACACUGCAUCUACACACUGUACCUACACACUGCAUCUACACACUGUACCUACACACUGUACACACUGUACCUACACACUGCAUCUACACACUGCAUCUACACACUGUACCUACACACUGCAUCUACACACUGCAUCUACACACUGUACCUACACACUGCAUCUACACACUGUACCUACACACUGCAUCUACACACUGCAUCUACACACUGUACCUACACACUGUACACACUGUACCUACACACUGUACCUACACACUGCAUCUACACACUGUACCUACACACUGCAUCUACACACUGUACCUACACACUGUACCUACACACUGCAUCUACACACUGUACCUACACACUGCAUCUACACACUGCAUCUACACACUGUACCUACACACUGUACCUACACACUGCAUCUACACACUGCAUCUACACACUGUACCUACACACUGUACCUACACACUGUACCUACACACUGUACCUACACACUGUACCUACACACUGUACACACUGUACCUACACACUGCAUCUACACACUGCAUCUACACACUGUACACACUGUAGUGCACACAAUAUGGCCGCUGUGUGACACCACUUCCUGUCUCCUGUUUCCAGGGUUACGGUCUGUUCGGUCACUGCGUGGUCCUCCUCAUCACCUACAACAUCCACUUCCACUUCCUGUUCUACGUCCUCUGGUUGCUGCUCGGAGGACUGUCCACUCUGCGCAUGGUGGCGGCCCUGCUGUCUCGUACGGUGGGACAGACUCCUCGUCUGUUGCUGUGUGGGACGCUGACUCUGCUGCACAUGCUCUUCCUGCUCUACCUGCACUUCGCCUACCACAAGAUCGUAGAAGGGCUGCUGGACUCUCUGGAAGGACCCAACAUGGCUCCCAUGCAGCGGGUGGCCAGAGACGUGCCUGAACUGACAGUGAACGCCACGGCGAGGAGCCUGGGGGUGCUGCUGAGGGCCCACUGAGGGGCCCACUGAGGGGCCACUGGGGGGCCACUGAGGGGCCACUGAGGGGCCACUGAGGGGCCACUGGGGGGCCCACUGAGGGGGAAUAACAUCUCUUCCUGUCUGAACCUUCAUGUUAAAGUUGAACUCUUGGUGUCUGUAAUAUUUAGUUUGGGGCUUUUAAUGAAUUGUUUCCAUGUUCAGAUGUAUUUAUAGUUUCUGUACAGAGACUCAAUAAACUGUAUGUAAUGUUAA